AUGCAUGCGUUGGUGGUGCUCGUCGCUCUGGCCACCGCGCCUUCGCGUGGAGGGAAGAUGAGCUGCCCCAAAAACCACUACCUGACCGGGAGCAUGUGUGUUGAGUGCGCUGCGGCGAUAAAGUGGUGCCUGGAGUGCACCGGGGCAGGCGCGUGCACGAGGUGCGCUUCCGGGGCGUAUCUCGAGGGAGGGUACUGCAAGCCGUGCGAUCCCACCUGUGAGCGCUGCACCGGCCCGGGGAAGUGCACAGCGUGCAGCGAGGCCCACUGCAGAGCACAGGACGGGACGUGCAAGGAGCCCAAUGACUUAUAUCCAGGAUGUAGCAAGUGCGUCCAUGACACAGGAAAGUGCAUGACCUGCGCAGAGGGGUACUUCCACUCGGGCGCGGGAUCAGCCCCCUGCACAAAGUGUGCUGAUAACUGUCUAUCCUGCAAGAGCGCCACUGAGUGCACGAGGGCCGCCUCAGGGUACUAUGUUAACCCCUCGACGAAGAGUCCAGCUGCCUGUACCAGUGCUAACUGUGACACUUGCGCAGAUGAUGGAGCAUGCACUGUCUGCAAGCCAGGUUAUAGGCUUUCUACGCCAUCAACAACGUCACAAUCAGCAACAUGUGUAAGUUGUACUGGCAAUUGCAGCACGUGCGAUUCCAGCAAGUGCACUUUCUGCAUGCCCGGCUAUGCCCUCACUUCUGAAGGCGCCUGCCAAGCAUGUGGGAGCAACUGCGAAGUCUGUGCCAAUAGCGAAUACCAGCUUCCUGGGAAGUGCCUUUCGGCCGGAUGCAAGCCAGGAUAUUACUAUCCUUCAUACAUGACCAGGUGCGUUGAGUGUCCAUCUGGCUGUGACAGCUGCUACUUCGAUCAAGAACAAACUGUUCCCAUUUGUACUCGGUGUAAGGGUUCGAUUCAGCCUAUUGUAGGACCAAAGAUAUAUGGUAUCUGGUGCUCUAAUCCCCCAUCGAUAGACUGCACAAAUAAGGGAUUCUUAGAGAAUGAUCUUUGUCUCCCCUGCUAUGGUUCGAUCGCGGGCUGCAUAGAGUGCAGCGAUCGCUUUCAUUGUACUGAGUGUCUGGAUGGAUACUAUCUGUAUGAUAAUCUCUGUGUUUAUUGUGACGACAACUGCCUUACUUGUGAGAACGCCGCAACGAACUGCACUAAUUGCGAUGAGGGCUUUGUCCUGCAGAAUGGAAGGUGCAUCGAAGUGGGUUCCGUGAUGGAGAACUGUAUUAAAGCGAAGAGUGCUUCGGAUUCUGCACAGGGUUGCAGUGCAUGCAGAGGAGGCUUUUAUCUGACCAACGGUAUGUGUGAGAAGUGCGUAGAAAAUUGCCAAAUAUGCACUGGAGCGUCACUUUCCGAGUGCAAAACAGGGUUCAAUGGCUACCGGUAUGAUAGUAGCAAAAAUACGUUAGAAGAAUGUAGGGUCGCCAACUGUGAGAUGUGUGUUUCCUCAAUAGAUCAAUGUAGCGUUUGCAAGAAAGGAUUCUAUCUGUCGUCUGAUAAUAAAAAUUGCAUAAAAGGACAAGUAGAAAAUUGCAAAGUCUAUUCAUCUAAUGGCUCUUCGUGCAGCGAGUGCCUAGCCGGCUAUGGCGUUUCGGCUAAUGGAGAUCGGUGCUCCCCGUGCUUGGAAGGCUGCAAGGGAGAGUGUACAGACGCUACUUGUGAGUCUGGUGAGUGUGUGCAGGGAUACUAUUUUAAUAGUGACAAUACAUGCGUUAAAUGCCUAAGUGGGUGUGCGUCCUGUGUUAUAGAUAGUAAGAAAGUGAUUUCUUGCGAGCGGUGCACGUCUGGCCAGGUUUUCGCCAUCAGCUCAAUCAUGGGUCUCUACUGCGAUAAGCCGGACUUUAACUUCUCCAGCAGGGGUGCAGGACUCAUCUCUACGAUUGUUAUCUUGGGCCUCAUCAUCGUCGGUUUCAUCGUGGCUACUCCGUUCCUCGUCAAUCUUGCGAAGAAGCGGGGGGUCCGAGUUAGCAAAUUACGCAGCAUAAAUUCCGGGUCAGAGAGCCACAACGAGUUCCUUCUAGAGGAGCCGGAUCUUCUGUGA